UCGACUCAAUGCGGAGGACGAGUCGGUUUGGAUCCCACAGUUCACAAGGCACAAAUCGUCCCAGUGUGAAAGCGGAGUGAAGCAAAAUUCUGUUGAUUCGGAGUUUGUGCGCUGAAAAUCGAUUUGCGAAAACUAUGGACUCGGUUGAAGCGGUGGUGACUCAGAUUCAGGGGCUGUCGAGUAGCGCCGGAGACCUCUCGAGGCUUCAUACGAUUCUCAAGCAAGCUGAGGACUCGCUUCAUUCUGAGUCGGCUCGGUUGUUUCCUGCUCUUGAUCAACUCGACCCUUCCAAACACUCCCUCGGAUUCCUCUAUAUUCUAGAAGCAUGCUCUUCUGGUUCCAUAUCGAAAGAGCGAGCAAGCACCCUGGUUCUAGCCAUUUCCAGUUUUAUCAGCUCAUGUGCUGCGGAGCAGAUUCGAUUGGCACCUGAGAAAUUCAUAUCUGUUUGUAAGAGGUUUAAAGACCAAGUUCUGCUGCUCCAAGCUCCAAUUCGUGGGGUUGCUCCAAUGCUGACAGCUAUUAGGAAACUUCAGGUCUCGUCUGAAUAUUUGACUACCUUGCAUCCAGAAUUUCUUCUUCUGUGUUUGCUGGCGAAAUGCUACAAAACAGGCCUGUCCGUUUUACAUGAUGACAUUUCUGAGGUAGAUCAGCCAAGGGAUCUUUUUCUCUAUUGCUAUUAUGGGGGGAUGAUAUGCAUAGGGCAAAAGCACUUUCGUAAAGCAUUGGAGCUUCUACACAAUGUUGUAACUGCUCCAAUGUCUACUGUUAAUGCCAUAGCAGUUGAAGCAUACAAAAAGUACAUUCUGGUUUUUCUCAUUCUCCACGGGCAGUUCUCUGCCAAUCUCCCGAAGUACACUUCUUCAGUUGCUCAGAGGAAUCUAAAGAAUUUUUGUGUGCCCUAUAUUGAAUUGGCAAAUAGCUAUGGCACUGGAAAGAUUACAGAGUUGGAGACAUAUGUUCAGGCUAACAGAGAGAAGUUUGAAAGUGAUAGCAAUCUUGGACUGGUAAAGCAGGUUGUAUCUUCCAUGUAUAAGCGAAAUAUUCAGAGAUUGACUCAGACAUAUUUAACUCUCUCCCUCCAAGAUAUAGCCAACUCAGUUCAAUUAAACAGUGCUAAGGAAGCUGAAAUGCAUGUGCUUCAAAUGAUCCAAGAUGGUGAGAUCUUUGCAACAAUUAACCAGAAAGAUGGAAUGGUUAGAUUCCUUGAGGAUCCUGAACAGUAUAAAUCCUGUGAGAUGAUUGAGCAUAUUGACUCAUCAAUUCAAAGGAUAAUGAUGCUUUCAAGGAAGCUGACUUCUAUGGAUGAAAACAUCUCAUGUGACCCUUUAUACCUAGCAAAGGCUGGGAGAGAGCGGCCGAGGUUUGACCUUGAUGAUUAUGACAGCGUUCCUCAGAAAUUUAAUAUAUGAACCAAGCGAGACUGUUGUGUAUAGGGGGACCUCAACUAGUGACGGAUUUUAUUUUUUUGGGGUAGCCGAGUGUUAACUAUUAUUAAGUCAUAUUUUGGUCCCAGUUGAGAAAUAGAAUUUUAUUGUUUUACCAUAUUAAUUUUCAAUCAUCUUUUGUGCCUUC